AUGCACAAGUGCCAAAGUAUUGCAGGAAGGACGGGAUUUGUUAUCAGAAGCAUUUCCACGAUCCGGUCAAACGACAGGAACAGUAUGAGGACAAAAACUCCAAGGAAGGACUUUUUAGAGGACUUGAGUGUUCUCCAAUGGGUACUGACUUUUCUCCUCCUGGGGGUGACCUGCAUGGUGUUAAUGGUGGCUCUCAUGUUUACAUCAAUGUGGCUGCUUCCCACUCUGUACUUCAUAUGGCUAGUGAUUGACUGGGAGACACCCGAGAAAGGAGGCAGGAGAAAGCCAUCUGUGAGGAGAUGGAAGGUUUGGGAACACUACAGAGACUAUUUUCCUAUUAAGUUGGUGAAGACGGCAGAGCUGAAUCCAAGGAAAAACUACAUCCUCGGCUGUCACCCACACGGUAUAAUGAGUAUUGGGGCCUUUGGCUGCUUCAACAUAGAGUGCUGCGGCUUUUCCGAAGCUUUUCCUGGGAUGUACGUGUCCCUGGCCAUAUUAGCUGGACUCUUCCGGAUUCCGCUCUUUAGGGAUUACCUCAUGGCUGCAGGCCUGUGUCCAGUCAGCAAAGCCAGUCUUAGCCACCUUCUGUCAAAAAGUGGUACAGGAAAUGCUGUGGUGAUUGUGAUAGGGGGCGCUGCAGAGUCUCUGGCCUCCCAUCCAGGAGUUCAAACAGUUCUAGUCAAGCAAAGAAAAGGCUUUGUCAGACUUGCGCUAGAGUAUGGGGCCGACUUGGUGCCUGUUUACUCCUUCGGGGAAACAGAGCUCUUCCAGCAAGUCACAUUCUCAGAGGGCUCAUUGGGUCGAAGGUUACAGGACCUGUUUAAAAGGAUCAUGGGUUUCGCCCCUUGCCUGUUCCUAGGUGAGCGCUGGGCAAUUUUGCCCUCCAAGACUCCCAUCACCACAGUGGUGGGAAGUCCCAUUUCUGUACCUCAGCGUAUUACACCUACAGAGGAGGAGGUCGACCAUUAUCAUAAACUUUACAUGGAUGCCCUGUCCAAUUUAUUCCAUGAGCACAAGGUCAGCUGUGGACUAUCAGAAAGUCACAAGCUUUGUAUAAUUUAG